AACGACUUCAACGUUACAGAGAUCAAUGUGUAUAGAUGUCGUUUGAUGCCUUUCCAUGUUCCAGCAACCCCACCCCUGAGCCGACGGACCUGCUGCCGGUCGUGUGGACGACAGUAGAAGGUAACAAGCGGCCGUAUCUGGACAUCGACACCGACCUGCAGCUCAGAAGCAGGCCCUUCCACCACCGGAUGGCCUUCUGGGAUCUCUUCUAUAAGCUCUACGGAGAAUUGGAACGCAGGAACUAGCAGCCGAAAUAAAAAAUGAAGUAGUACGAGAUACGGUUUAUAC